GUUUGCCCAAAGACCAUGAGGUAAAACAAAACAUGACAUUCCAUGUAUGUUUUCUCGCCGUACGCAUUGACCACCAACCCUACUCCGCCGCCGCCAACGUUAUCACCGCCGAUCUCUGUUGCUGCCAACAGUAUCAUUCCGAUCUCCGCCCUAUUACGCCAUGGUUCGCCACUCAAACCAUUGGAAUCGCACUCUCUGGUUCUGAUAAUCGGUUAUCUUGAAGUUGAUCACUCUCGUGCUUAUUGCUUCCGUGAGGCUGAAAGUAUUUGAUCCACUAAUUUGAUAUUUGAUCAUUGCGGUGCUUAUUGUUUGUUACAGCUCAACCUGCAUUUUCUCUUUCACCUUGGCAUCUUAGAUUGAAAUCAAGGUCAGUGCAUCAAAUUCAAUUGUAUGUUAUACUAAGUCUUUAGCUUGUGUUUUUGUGACUGGAUAUGCUUGGGAAACUACAUUGACAUGAUUAUAGCUGUGUGCUGCUGAUGGCCCGCCACCGUCACAACCUCAGAAUCUCUGGCAGUGAUUGAUUUCUGAUUUGCUAUUUUCAUCUUCAAUUUCCCACUCAACAUGGCAAAGGGCACAAGCUCAGAGAUGAACAUUGCCAUUAUCCACCCUGAUCUUGGCAUAGGUGGAGCUGAAAGAUUGAUCGUUGAUGCAGCUGUUGAGCUUGCAUCCCAUGGUCAUAAUGUUCAUGUUUUUACUGCUCAUCAUGAUCGAAAUCGAUGUUUUGAGGAAACUGUUGCUGGUACAUUUCCUGUUACUGUCUAUGGUUCCUUUCUUCCGCGGCAUAUAUUCUACCGUCUUCAUGCAUUGUGUGCUUACCUUCGAUGCCUAUUUGUUGCUUUCUGUGUGCUUUUCAUGUGGCCAUCAUUUGAUGUUAUACUGGCUGAUCAGGUCUCUGUAGUCAUUCCCAUUUUGAAGCUUAAAAGGUCAACAAAGGUUGUGUUCUACUGUCAUUUUCCUGACUUGUUGCUGGCUCAGCAUACAACUUUUGUUCGGAGGAUGUAUAGGAAACCCAUAGACUAUGUAGAAGAAAUAACAACUGGAAUGGCUGAUUUGGUACUUGUCAACAGCAACUUCACUAAAUCUACUUUUGCAAAUACGUUUAAGCAACUAGAUGCUAAAGGAAUUCGACCAGCUGUUCUAUACCCAGCAGUCAAUGUGGAUCAGUUCAAUGAACCCACUUCCUUUAGGCUGAAUUUUCUUUCCAUUAACCGCUUUGAGAGGAAGAAGAACAUAGAGUUAGCAAUUUCAGCUUUUUCUAUGCUUUGCUCACCUAAUGGACUUCUUAAAAAUCAAGAUACUACCGAUGCUUCUUUGAUUGUUGCAGGUGGUUUUGAUAAGCGGUUGAAGGAGAGUGUGGAGUACUUGGAAGAGCUUAAAAAUUUAGCUGAAAGGGAAGGGGUCUCUAACCAAAUAAGAUUCAUCACAUCUUGCACUACAGCUGAAAGGAACACUCUUCUUUCAGAAUGCCUAUGUGUACUUUACACGCCAAAGGAUGAACACUUUGGCAUUGUUCCUAUAGAGGCAAUGGCAGCUUAUAAACCUGUUAUUGCGUGCAAUAGUGGUGGCCCGGUGGAGUCAAUCAAGAAUGGUGAAACAGGAUUCCUUUGCGAUCCUACACCACAGAAGUUUGCUUCAGCAAUGGCUAGCCUCAUAAAUGAUCCUCAGGGAGCAGAAAGAAUGGGCAGAGAAGCUAGGAGGCAUGUUGUUGAGUCAUUCUCUACAAAGACAUUUGGCGAACGUUUAAAUAGAUAUUUAGUUGACAUUCACCGGGAGAAGGAGGAUUGAGUUUAAGAUAUUUUUCCCUCAAAUUGUUAACUGCAAUUGCUGACCAUUGAAGGCACUGUAGUUAACAUUUUUGCCAAAAUUUCUAUUUAAGAUGAUUUUUAUUUUAUACCAUGUAAAUUUUUACCUGAGAGGAUCACAUGUUCAAUGUUGAGGCUUGCACUUUUGGAUAUUUGCAGACAUUAUAAAUGCAUUGCAAAGUUUAUAGAGAAA